UGGGCUCUUGGGCCGGGCGGUGAAUGGUGGGAGUCAAGAUGGCGGCCGCGGCUGCAGCCAGUAUCCGAGAGAGGCAGACAGGUGCUGCUCAGUGGAGCAAGAGAAAGUCAGGAAACCUUGUUGACUGGAUCCAGUAGAAUUGAUUUUGUAAUCUGAACUGAGCCCUCACUGCUAAAAGUGGCUUUGAAACGUAUGUUGAAUUUUAAUGUUCCUCAUGUUAAAAAUAACACUGGAGAACCAGUAUGGAAGGUGCUCAUUUUUGACAGAUUUGGCCAAGAUAUUAUCUCUCCCCUGCUGUCUGUGAAGGAAUUGAGAGACAUGGGAAUCACUUUGCAUCUGCUUUUGCACUCUGAUCGGGAUCCGAUACCUGAUGUCCCAGCAGUUUAUUUUGUAAUGCCCACAGAAGAAAAUAUUGACAGAAUGUGCCAGGAUCUUCGAAAUCAGCUUUAUGAAUCUUAUUAUUUAAAUUUUAUUUCUGCUAUUUCAAGAAGUAAACUGGAAGAUAUUGCAAAUGCUGCUUUAGCAGCUAGUGCAGUCACACAAGUAGCAAAGGUUUUUGAUCAGUAUCUCAAUUUUAUUACUUUGGAAGAUGAUAUGUUUGUGCUGUGCAAUCAAAAUAAGGAACUUGUCUCUUAUCGUGCAAUUAACAGACCAGAUAUUACAGACACAGAAAUGGAGACCAUUAUGGACACUAUUGUUGACAGCCUCUUUUGCUUUUUUGUUACACUUGGUGCUGUACCUAUAAUUAGAUGUUCAAGAGGAACAGCAGCAGAAAUGGUGGCAGUGAAACUAGAUAAGAAACUUCGAGAAAAUCUAAGAGAUGCAAGAAACAGCCUUUUUACAGGUGACACACUUGGGGCUGGCCAGUUCAGUUUCCAAAGGCCUUUAUUAGUCCUUGUUGACAGGAACAUAGAUUUGGCUACCCCUUUACAUCAUACUUGGACAUACCAAGCCUUGGUGCAUGACGUUCUGGAUUUUCACUUAAAUCGAGUUAAUUUGGAAGAAUCUUCAGGAGUAGAAAAUUCUCCAGCUGGUGCUAGACCAAAGAGAAAAAACAAGAAGUCAUAUGAUUUAACUGCAGUUGAUAAGUUUUGGCAAAAACAUAAAGGCAGUCCUUUCCCAGAAGUUGCAGAAUCUGUUCAACAAGAACUAGAAUCCUACAGAGCCCAGGAAGAUGAAGUAAAGCGGCUUAAAAGCAUUAUGGGUUUAGAAGGAGAAGAUGAAGGAGCUAUAAGUAUGCUUUCUGACAAUACAGCCAAGCUAACCUCAGCUGUUAGCUCUCUUCCAGAACUUCUUGAAAAGAAGAGGCUCAUUGAUCUUCACACUAAUGUUGCCACUGCUGUUUUAGAACAUAUAAAGACUCGAAAACUAGAUGUGUAUUUUGAGUAUGAAGAAAAAAUAAUGAGCAAGACUACUUUGGACAAAUCUCUCCUGGACAUGAUUUCCGACCCUGAUGCAGGAACUCCAGAAGAUAAAAUGAGACUGUUCCUUAUCUAUUACAUAAGCGCACAACAAGCUCCCUCUGAGGCUGACUUGGAACAGUACAAAAAGGCUCUGACUGAGGCAGGAUGCAACCUCACUCCUUUGCAAUACAUCAAACAGUGGAAGGCCUUUGCCAAGAUGGCUUCAGCUCCAACCAGCUAUGGAAAUACUGCCACUAAACCAAUGGGUCUCUUAUCCCGGGUCAUGAACACAGGGUCACAGUUUGUGAUGGAAGGAGUGAAGAACUUAGUAUUGAAACAACAAAAUCUACCAGUUACUCGUGUUUUGGACAGUCUCAUGGAGAUGAAGUCAAAUCCUGAGACUGACGACUACAGAUAUUUUGAUCCCAAAAUGCUACGGGGCAGUGACAGCUCAGUUCCAAGAAACAAAAAUCCAUUCCAGGAGGCAAUUGUUUUUGUAGUAGGAGGAGGCAACUACAUUGAAUAUCAAAAUCUUGUUGACUACAUAAAGGGCAAACAAGGUAAACAUGUCUUAUAUGGCUGCAGUGAGCUUUUCAAUGCUUCGCAGUUUAUAAAACAGCUAUCCUUACUUGGACAAAAGUAGCUCAGAAGAACCUGAAUAUCUGAAUCCACUUGGAGCUUGGACAAAGUGUAAAAGAAAGUCAGAAGAGCCAGAUGCCUCCCUGUCAAUAACUUGUCUGUCAUAGCAUUGAAACUUAUACCGUUCCAUUAAUUUGAUAAUUUUUAACAGAAUAUUGUAUUUAAUGUAAUGUAUACUGAUUUAAAAAUAUUUCAGAAAUAAACCUUUAAAGCCACGUUA